UGUAGGAAUGCCCACAUGCAGGAACGGCCACAUGCAAUCACAAAUUGAUUAAAGUUGGACAAUUCCAUAAAAUUCUUGAAAAACUAGUAGGUUGCUAGAAAGAGUAGAGUAUUAAACAUAGCUGCUAAUUUGUCAGAAAAAAUAUGAAAUUCUAUGGGAGCUUGUGUGACACACACACACACAGUGGACAGAGGCUGAGAGCACUGUGAGUUCAUUUAGGAUAUGUGAACUGGCUCAUUGACACUGAAUAGAGGUGGAGUUGCUGUGCUCCCCCCCUCAGCAGUGACACUCUCUCUGCCAUGGCCUCCUGUAUCACUGCCCACAAGGGCUGGUUUGGUGAGAGGGGGGUUCACCAGGGGGUUGGGCUGGACAUCCUCUUCAGUGGCAGGGACUUUGACACAACAGAUCUGUACUCCCCAAAUGACACUAAACAACCUCAGGAUGCCAAGUCACACUAUGCCUGUCCCAGGGCCACCCAGAGGUCCCUGCAUGGCUGGGGAACAUACAGCCCCCCUCCACAGAUAUCCAGCCCCAGCACUGAGAGAAGAGGGGGGGCAUCCUCUUCUGCCAGGCCUGUCUCCCUCAACCAGUGCCAGGGCUACCAUGCCCACACCCUGCCCCUGCCCCGCAGAGCCCUGGCUGUCUUCAGACCCAGUGUCUACAGCAGCACUCAGGGAUUUAAGACUACCACAGUGGACAAACCUCGCAUGCUCAGAGCCACUAUCAGAUCCCGCCCCUCGAACCCUAACCAGUCUGGCCGACAGCAGAGCCAGCACCAGAGCCAGGACCAGCACCAGAGUCAGCCUUUCCAGCACCAGCAGCAGCCCAGACCAAACCAGCAGCAGCACCAGCGAAGCCUAAGCCCCAAGCUUCUCUACCAACCAAUCCUUCAUCCCAAGCCGGUCUACCAGCCAAGCCUCAGUCCCACUCUUCCAGUCUAUAGGAGACUCACAACCUGGCAGCACAAGGACAACACCAACAUAGACAGCAACACCAUCAAGACCAACAACAGCUCUCACAGUAACAGCAUCAAGAGACAGGUGGACAUGACGUCCCAGAACGUGUUUAGUCAGCCAGGUGUCCUGGCCUCGCUGCGGGGACCUUCCUCUCCGCGACAGACCCGCAAGACAACAAAUCUAGAGGAGGAACUGAGGAGGCUCAUCAUAAUGGACAACACAUCAGAGGAAUCAGGGAGGGAUGCAUACUGCCGUCAUAGCUUCUCUACAGAGAUCAGUCUAGGCAGUGGUCCCAUGGACUACAGUCUGGCCUGUUCCCCAGUGUCUGACUGCUCAGAGUUGGCGGGGCUGGAGGACCUGUCUGCCUCAGAGCUGUCCCUGACAGAGGUCUGGGGCUCUGGGCACAACCCCCUACCGGACCCUGCAGGGAGCCUGAAGUGGAGCAACCUGGUCAACGGUGCCAAGGCCUAUGAGGCACAGAGGACAGUGGAGCUCAUUCCCCCCAGUAAGCCCAUGAAGCAUGGAUCAAAGGGUGGACCCACGGCUUGCCCACCCAAUUACUACCUUCCUCAGGACUACAAUUUCCAGCCUGUAAUAAGAAGUGAAGUGCCCAGUGAUCUGUCUGAUAGACUUCACCACCUGGAGGUGCUGCUGAGACACUUGGAGAGCAACCUGGAAAAGGAGAAGCAGGACAGGAUAGCCCUGAUGGGUGAAGUGACGAUUCUGAGGGAGACCAACCAGCGCCUGUGGGAGGAGUCUAUUUCAUCCAAUGAAAAGCUUAGUAAACUCAGCCUGUUGUUCAACGUGGCCCCAGGAAUGGUGCCUAGAGAGAGAGAAUGACCAACAACACUAAGAGGAGAGAGGGAUAACUUGAACAGAGGGGUGGAGGACUGUCUGCAAAAUGUGAUCAGAGAAUGAGGAUAUAUAAACUAUAAAAAAUAAACGUCCUCCCACUGUCAACUGUGUUUAUUUUCAGCAAAAUUAACAUGUGUAAAUAUUUGUAUGAACAUAACAAGAUUCAACAACUGAGACAUAAACUGAACAAGUUCCACAGACAUGUGACUAACAGAAAUGGAAUAAUGUGUCCUUGAACAAAGCGGAAAUCACACAUUGUCAUGCUGGAGGGUCCUGUCAGGAUGAGCCUGCAGGAAGGGUACCACAUGAGGGAGGAGGAUGUCUUCCCUGUAACGCACAAUAUUGAGAUAGCCUGCAAUGACAAAAAUCUCUGUCCGAUGACGCUGUGACACACCGCCCCAGACCAUGACGGACCCUCCACCUCCAAAUCGAUCCCACUCCAGAGUACAGGCCUCGGUGUAACGCUCAUUCCUUCGACGAUAAAUGCGAAUCCGGCCAUCAACCCUGGUGAGACAAACUGUGACUCGUCAGUGAAGAGCACUUUUUGCCAGUCCUGUCUGGUCCAGCGACGGUGGGUUUGUGCCCAUAGGCGAAGUUGUUGCUGGUGAUGUCUGGUGAAUACCUGCCUUACAACAGGCCUACAAGCCCUCAGUCCAGCCUCUCUCAGCUUAUUGCGAACAGUCUCGCACUGAUGGAGGGAUUGUGCGUUCAUGGUGUAACUCAGGCAGUUGUUGUUGCCAUCCUGUACCUGUCCCACAGGUGUGAUGUUCGGAUGUAUCGAUCCUGUGCAGGUGUUUUUACACUUGGUCUGCCACUGCGAGGAUGAUCAGCUGUCCGUCCUGUCUCCCUGUAGCGCUGUCUUAGGCGUCUCACAGUAUGGACAUUGCAAUUUAUUGCCCUGGCCACAUCUGCAGUCCUCAUGCCUCCUUGCAGCAUGCCUAAGGCACGUUCACGCAGAUGAGCAGGGACCCUGGGCAUCUUUCUUUUGGUGUUUUAGAAAGGCCUCUGUAGUGUCCUAAGUUUUCAUAACUGUGACCUUAAUUGGCUACCGUCUGUAAUCUGUUCCACAGGUGCAUGUUCAUUAAUUGUUUAUGGUUCAUUGAACAAGCUUGGGAAACAGUGUUUAAACGAUCUACAAUAAAGAUCUGUGAAGUUA